AUGUCUGACAUCAAGUGGAAAUGUGAAUUCUUGACGAAUGGGCUGAAUCCAACAGAGGAACCUCAAAUUGAUCCAUCGAGGAUCACUCCCACGCCCAUGCCUGGAUUAACGACCCCACUCUCUCCAAUGCCUGGAUUAACGACCCCACUCUCUCCAAUGCCUGGAUCAACGACCCCACUCUCUCCAAUGCCUGGAACGACCCCACUCUCUCCAAUGCCUGGAACGACCCCACUCUCUCCAAUGCCUGGAACGACCCCACUCUCUCCAAUGCCUGGAACGACCCCACUCUCUCCAAUGCCUGGAACGACCCCACUCUCUCCAAUGCCUGGAUCAACGACCCCACUCUCUCCCAUGUCUGGAAAGAAAACAACAGCUGGCUCGCCAAAUUGGUCAAAGUGCAACGCCGGUGCCCUCCUGAGAGCAUUCACACCUAUGUUGAUGAUCCUGGCUUUGAUUUUGAGAUGGCUUUUGUGAAAUGUUGAAAUGGCUCCUUGAAAUGUUGAAAUGGCUCUUUGAAAUGUUGAAAUGUAUCAUCGAAAAGAUUAAAUUGCUCGGAGAAAUAUUUAGAUGGCUUUCAAUGAUGUAUUUUCUCGCUGAUUUACACUAGCCAACAGUUCAAAUCUUUUUGGGACUUUUAUUUUUGAAACUUCAUUUUAGUAAUUAGUGUUUCGGGCAUCUAUUUACUGUUUUAAACAAGCAAUUCUUCUGUAAAACAAAAAUGCAUGUACAAGGAAAUUGUAAUGUUUAAAAAGAAAGAAAUGUGCAUUUUCUAUUCAGAGCUUAAAUGUAUUUUGCAAUAUAUUUAUUAAUAUUUUACUGUAAAUAAUUGGCCUAAUUGAAACUUUUUUUUUAAACAUAAAAUUUAAUUUUUAAAAUGUUCUCUAGUACAUAAAUGUAAAUAAUUUUUUUUUUAAAAAGUGACUUUUUUAUAACUUCUAAAUUUCCGGUUGUAAAAAAUGUUAUAUCUUGAAUUUCUACAAAAUUUUCCGUUCGUAUGCUUACAUCUAUUUUUUGUUACAAAUUUAAAAUCGCUGAAAUCUAUAGAUGACAAUUGACAUGACAAUGCUUGUAUGUAACAUUCCCGUAAUAAAGCGCUGUUUGUACGGAAAUCUUCCAAUCUAGGUAAAUGAUGUUCAAACAGCUGUUUUGUUCAACUUCAUCUAAAUCUUUAAACAUAUUAUUUUUUAGGAAGAAAAAAACAAGAAAUUUGUCCAAAUUUGAUACUGUCAUAUUUUUUACAUCGUUUUAUUAUUAUGCGCCUUAGUUUUUAAUAAUUAGUUGCUUUUUUUAAUAUUAAAAAUAAAAACUGUUUUUG